UUGAAUUCGGCUGUUACCCAGAAGCCCCUACCACUUCCGUUGUCAAACGAACAUGGCCACCAUUUCCUGGCAGAUUGUUUCUUUUUAGUCAGUCUUUUUAAGCUGUCAACAUGGCGGAUCAAAAUGAGCGAUCAUUCCAAAAACAGCCGACGAUUUUCUUAAAUCGCAAGAAAGGUUUGGGCGGUAAGCGUCGCAAGUCGAUGCGUUACCACCGCGAAGUCGGCUUGGGCUUCAAGACUCCGAGAGAGGCGAUUGAGGGACAUUACAUCGACAAGAAGUGUCCGUUCACUGGUAAUGUGUCCAUCCGCGGCCGCAUUCUCACCGGCGUCGUGCAGAAGAUGAAGAUGCAGCGCACAAUCGUCAUUCGUCGCGAUUAUCUGCAUUACAUUAGGAAGUACAACCGUUUCGAGAAGAGGCAUCGUAAUAUGUCUGUGCAUUUGUCACCGGCUUUCAGGGAUGUGGAAAAUGGUGAUGUUGUAACCAUCGGCGAAUGCCGGCCGCUUUCCAAGACGGUCCGAUUCAAUGUCCUGAAGGUCACCAAGGGCACUGGCUCCAAGAAGAGUUUCAAGAAAUUCUAAUUUGUCCCACUUUUGUUUAAAAUAAUAAGAAAACAACAACAAAAAUCGUA